CCUCCUCUCCCGCCGGCGGGCGGCAGCGACAGCGGCCCGGGCGCAGGCCCCCGCCGCCUCCACACCCCAUUUCCCCACCCGCGCCAGAGGAGGGCGGGCGGACGGACGGACGGAGGCCAGUCCCGCAGCGCGGCGCGGCGCGGCGCGGGAGCCUUGCCGAGCCAAGCUGUGCCUGCCGGCCAGGUACCGCGGGCGGGAGGGACGGACGGAGGGCGCCGGUCCUGCCACCUCAGGUGCCGGAGCAGGGAAUCAACUUCUUGACAUCCUUUCUCCAAAAAUCCUGACAUCCUUUAUCCAAGAACUUGGAGCAGAGAGAGAGAGUUUUCAUAAUGAUGAGAAGUUGUCUGCUGGAUGUUCGAACUUCUGAUUUGGUCACCAGAUACUAGUGAGGAACAAAACCUGUCAGUUCUGGGAGUUUGUCAGAGUUGUUUCUUUCUGCAGUGUUUGAGGAGAGAUUUAAGGGCAAAAAACAAGGGAUGGAGUUAGCUCACAGUUUGUUACUUAACGAAGAGGCAUAUACCCAGCUUGGUGAAUUUCAAAAAGCAAAGUUCAUUUUUGAAUGGUUACAGUUCUUGGAAAAACUUUUACCAGUGACUAGCAGAGCUGAUAUAAGGGAAAACCAGAAGAAAUUGGUUGAACAGUUGACUUCUUUGUUAAACAAUUCACCAGGACCUCCUACCAGACGGCUCAUUGCCAAGAACUUAGCUGUACUUUAUAGCACUGGAGACACUUUUUCUGUUUACCAAACGAUUGACAAAUGCAAUGAACUCAUUCGGAGUAAAGAUGAUUCACCAAGUUAUCUGCCUACAAAACUUGCUGCGGUGGUAUGCUUGGGCUAUUUAUACAAAAAAUUGGGAAGAAUUUUGGGAAACAGUUUUACUGACACCGUUGGGAAUGUGCUUAAAGCAAUGAAGAAUGCAGAGUCUCAAGGUCGUUAUGAAAUCAUGCUUAGUUUGCAAAAUAUAUUAAAUGGUUUAGGAGCUGCUGCUGUCCCCUGUCACAGAGACAUAUACAAAGCUGCCCGGUCCUGUAUGACAGAUAGAUCUAUGGCAGUCCGCUGUGCUGCUGCAAAGUGUCUUCUCGAACUUCAGAAGGAAGCAGUCUUUAUGUGGAGUGCAGACCUGGAUUGCGUUGUGACCUUGUGUUUUAAAUCCUUUGAAGGCUCCAAUUAUGAUGUACGGUUAGCAGUUGCAAAACUUCUAGGCACAGUAUUGGCUAGAGCUCUAACAGCUAAACAGACAACAGCAUCCACCAAGCAUAAUUUCCGUAGAAUCUCUUUGGAAGAAGUGAUGGAGCUAUUGGGAACUGGAUUUCUGCGUGGGAGUUCUGGAUUUCUACGAGCCAGUGGCGAUAUGUUGAAAGGAACCAGUUCAGUCAGCAGAGAUGUUAGAGUUGGAGUCACUCAGGCAUAUGUGGUAUUUGUCUCUACCUUAGGAGCACAAUGGCUUGAAAGGAACUUCUCUGCCUUCCUUUCCCAUAUUCUAGAGCUCGUGUCUCAGUCUCACCCUAAGGCUAUUCAGAGUCAGAUGGAUGCUAUCGCCUGUCGCCGCUGUGUUUCAUUUAUCCUUCGGGCUACAGUAGGAGGCCUUCUUGGGGAAAAAGCUCAAAUUGCAGCUGCCAAGGAGAUUUGUCAGGCCAUCUGGAAACUAAGGAAAGUUGUGGAUGCUGCAGUGAGUGACAGUAACUUGGAAACCAAAAUGAGUACCAUAGAUGUAACAGCAAGUCAGCAUGUGCUUGUGUGUGCACUUCAAGAACUCGGAAGUCUCAUCCAUGGCUUAGGAACUACAGUAGCACCAUUGCUGCAAGACUCUAGCACAGGAGUUUUGGAUGCAGUAAUCUCUGUCAUUCAUCAUCCCAGCAUUUCAGUCAGACUAACAGCAGCCUGGUGUCUACGCUGUGUGGCAGUAGCAUUGCCCUCCUAUGUGUCCCUCCUGUUGGAUCGCUGUGUUGAGCGUCUUAGUGCAUUGAAAUCCUCCCCAGAAGCAUUAACUGGCUAUAGUUUUGCUGUUGCUGCUCUGCUGGGUGCAGUAAAACACUGUCCUUUAGGAAUUCCACAUGGAAAAGGGAAGGUAAUCAUGGCAGUAGCUGAGGAUUUGUUGUGUUCUGCUUCUCAGAACAGUCGCAUUUCACUGCAGCGGACGCAGGCUGGAUGGCUGUUGAUAGCUGCCCUCAUGACAUUAGGUCCUGCAGUUGUCCAACACCAUCUGCCACGAGUGCUGUUGCUGUGGAGAUGCAUUUUUCCAUCAACUCCUAAAGACCUAGAAACAGAGAAGACACGAGGGGAUUCAUUUACCUGGCAAGUAACGCUGGAAGGUCGUGCUGGUGCUCUCUGUGCAAUCAAAAGCUUUGUUUCACACUGUGCCGGUCUGCUUACGGAUGAAGUUGUUCAGAGAAUUCUUCCUCCUCUUCCAAGUGCUGUGGAUUUGUUGACGCAGCUUUCUUCAAUAUAUAAAUCAUAUGGAAAUGCUUUAAAAACACCAUCAACGGUUUACAGGCACAAACUUUAUGAGUUACUAGCAGUAUUGCCUCCAAAGACCUAUGAAGGACACUUCUGUGCUGUUCUGAAAGAGUUAGUGACUGAUUUGACUGUCCCAGAUAGCCAGAUUGAUGCCUCCACAUUCUUACUUCCACCCCUUUGUCAUGAGAAUGACCUCCUUUUACUUGGUCCCUUACUGCAGGAGACUGACCACCGAUUUAUUGAAGAGCAGCUCCUUUUAGGUAACUGCAUAGCUGGUGGCAGCCUGGAGUAUGACCCUUACUUAAUUUAUGAGAAAGUUGCAAAAGGUGAUUCAGUACCUAAACCACUACCUCCUGUACUGUCUGUUAUCAGUGCAGCCACUCAUCUGUUUGGAGUUAUGUUUUCCCAUGUAGCAGAAUCUCACAGGCUCCAAGUGUUGGAACAGUUGUUGAAUUCAAUAAAGCAAACAAAAGGCUCACGGCAACAAAUAGUACAACUAAAUGUCUUGUCAGCCUUUUCUAUUUCCUUAAAGUACUUGGCUACCUGCAAGGGAAGUUUAGGUCCAGAAGAAGUUCGAAGGUCCGCUCUGACAUUGGUAAUGGGUGCCUUGGAAAGCAGUAAUCAGCUCCUAAGAUGUGCUGCUGCAGAGUGUUUGGCCAGAUUGGCACAGGUGGUUUCUGACAGUGCCUUCACUGCUGGCUUAGCACAAGUCAGUUUUGACAAGUUAAAAUCUGCUAGGGAUGUGGUAUCAAGAACAGGUCAUUCUUUGGCUCUGGGAUGUCUGUAUAGGUACCUAGGAGGAAUAAGUUCUACUCAGCACUUAAAUGCAUGUGUUGGAAUCCUGUAUACUUUAUCUCAGGACAGUACUUCUCCUGAUGUACAGGCAUGGGCACUACACUCACUGUCCCUAAUAAUAGAUUUAGCUGGCCCCUUGUACCAUGUGCAUGUGGAACCUACCUUAUCUCUUGUUCUCAUGUUAUUAUUGACUGUGCCUCCUGCUUAUGCUGAAGUUCACCAAAGCCUUGGUCGGUGUUUAAAUGCACUUAUUACCACACUGGGUCCUGAGUUGCAAGGCAGCAAUACAACAGUUUCAGCCUUAAGAACUUCCUGCCUCCUGGGCUGUGCAGUGAUGCAGGAUAACCCCGACUGCCUUGUUCAGGCUCAGGCCAUCUCUUGCCUUCAGCAGCUUCACAUGUUUGCUCCUCGACACGUUAACUUGUCUAGCCUCGUAAGCUGCCUGUGUGAAAUCUUGUUGGAUAAUUCUGUGUUGGUGAAUCUCUGUAGCUCAUACUUGCUACUGAGACGUGCAGUGGUAGCUUGCUUACGUCAGCUUGUGCAAAGAGAAGCUGCUGAGGUCUCAGAAUAUGCUGUUGCGUUAGUUAAAGAGAGCAGAGAAGAUUUUACUCCAGGUGUUAACAUCAGAGAAAUAGGCCUGGAGGGGGCAUUGCUGGGCCUGCUGGACAAAGAACUGGAUCAAAGAUUGUGCCAAGAUAUCAAAGAAACUCUGACUCAUAUGCUUACCUCAAUGGCAGUUGAAAAGCUCUCAUUUUGGCUGAAGCUUUGUAAGGAUGUCCUUGCUGCCUCAGCUGAUUUCAAUACAGUAGCUUCAGUAGAUACCACUCAGGAAGAGGAAACUGCCAAAGUGGAUGAUGCAUCAAUAUUGACAUCUGAGAGCGAUGAGAGGUUCCAUCCUUUCAGUAAUCCACGGUGGUCUACCAGAGUUUUUGCUGCAGAGUGUGUUUGUAAAAUUAUAAGCCAGUGUGAAAAUGCAGGCAGUGCACAUUUUGAUAUAACCCUGGCUCAGGAAAGAAAACAACGUGAUUCCAGAGAUGACUUUCUGGUACUCCAUUUAGCUGACUUGAUCCGCAUGGCUUUUAUGGCUGCCACAGAUCACAGUGAUCAGCUUCGUCUUUCUGGGCUUCAGACAUUGCUGAUUGUUGUUCGGAAGUUUGCAGCUGUUCCAGAACCAGAAUUCCCAGGCCAUGUUAUUCUGGAGCAAUAUCAAGCCAGUGUUGGAGCAGCCCUUAGGCCUGCCUUUGCUCCUGAAACUCCUCCUGAUGUCACAGCAAAAGCAUGUCAGGUAUGCAGUGCCUGGAUAGCAAGUGGUGUAGUCAGUGAUCUUAAUGACCUUCGAAGGGUUCACCAGCUGCUUGUUUCCUCUUUGGUCAAAGUGCAGGCUGGCAAAGAAGCACAAAGUCAGCAAUAUAGUGAAAGCACUUCAACUAUGGAGAUACUGGCUGUGCUUAAGGCUUGGGCAGAGGUUUACAUAGUUGCAGUUGAAAAGCAAAAAAAUCAAAAUGAGGCACACAACCACUGUUUUAAAACUGCAAACUCUGCAGAAGAAGGCUACAGAAAUGUGGCAUCUUCAGCCAGUGGACUGCUGGAUUUAGUUCAAGCAGAUCUUGGAACACUAAGCAAGCUCUGGCUUGCUGCACUCCAGGAUUUUGCCCUCUUAAUUCUGCCUUCAGAAUAUGCAUCGCAACUCCCUGCUGAAGGUGGUACAUUUUACACAGCAGAGACAAUUGAAAAUGCCAGACCUCAUUACUACAGCUCCUGGGCACUGAUACUUUAUGCUACAGCAUUAUGGCUUACUAACACAGGUUUCAUUGUUGUUGAUCCUGAUGAAGGAAUUACUAAUCUCUCUAGACCUGUCACCCCAACCACAAUGUGUCAAGAUUCUUCUACCAGGCCCUUGGUGAAAUCUCCUGAGGAUGUGAAUACUGACAGAUUUCAUCUGAUCUUGGGAAUUAGUGUGGAAUUUCUGUGUUCUCCUGGAUCAGAUGCAGCAAUGGAGAACAUCGUUGCCUGCUUACAUGCCCUGCAGGCACUCUUUGAUAUUCCAUGGCCAAGGUCUAAAAUAGGUGGUGAUCAGGAGCUGGGUGUAGAGCUGCUGAAUGUUUUGCAUCGGCUGAUACUGACCAGAGAGUCACCUGAUAUUCAGCUCGCUGCCCUCGAAGUGGUUCGGCUCAUCCUUUUUGCAGCUCAGGAGCACGUAAAGGAAAAGCGGAGGAGUGCUGAAGUUGAUGAUGGUGCUGCAGAAAAGGAAACAUUACCAGAGUUUGGAGAAGGCAAAGACACAGGAGGAUUGGUACCUGGGAAGUCAUUAGUCUUCGCAACACUGGAGUUGUGUGUUUGUAUUCUCGUCAGGCAGCUUCCCCAGCUCAACCCUAAAUUAACUUGUAGCCCUGCACUUCAGUCUGGAAAACAUCUGUUACUCUCAGAAGAUGGAAGUAGACUGGUGGCAGCAGCUUUAGUUAUUCUCUCUGAUGUUCCUGCAAUCUGUUCUCCUGAAGGAAGUGUUUCAGUCCUUCCUACUAUCUUGUACUUAAUUAUUGGAGUACUUAAAGAAACUGCUGUGAAAAUGCCAGGUGGGCAGUUACCUUUGACUGUUGCUGCAUCUCUUCAAGCUCUGAAAGGACUCUUGUCUUCUCCAAUGGCUCGAGCAGAGAAGAGUCGAACUGCUUGGACAGAUCUUCUACGCAGCGCUUUGGUCACUGUGCUUGACUGCUGGGAUCAAGCAGAUGGGCAUCACCAAGAACUUGAUGAAGUUAGCCUGCUUACUGCUGUUACAGUAUUUGUGAUGUCUACCAGUCCAGAAGUGACUACCGUGGAGUGCCUUCAGAAGCGUUGUAUUGAGAAGUUUAAAGUAACAGCUGAUUCAAAAGAUCCUCUUGUACAGUACAAGUGCUACCAGCUGCUGCACUCCAUCUUUCAGCAUCCAAACAAAACUGUGUCAUAUCCUUACAUUCAUUCUCUAGCACCAUCCAUUGUGGGUAAACUGCAGGAAACAGAAAAAGCAAAACCUGAGAAUGCUGCUGAACUUCAGGUCAUCCAGGAGGGAAUCAAGGUGGUUACAGCUCUUACAGCCACUGCUGAGGAAGAGCACCGUGCGCAUUUGGUGGCCUGCUUUCUUCCCAUCCUUAUUUCCUUUCUUUUGGAUGAAAAUGCCCUGGUUUCUGCUACAAACUCAGCAAAACAUCUACAUGAGUUUGCUUUGCAGAAUCUGAUGCAGAUUGGUCCGCAGUACUCGGCAGUUUUCAAAAAGCUAAUGGCUUCCUCUCCCACUAUGAAAGCCAGGCUUGAGUCAGCUGUAAAAGGCAAUCAAGAAAGUCUCAAAGUGAAGACUGCUAAACAUGCAAAGAAUCCAGGGAAAAGUUCAAGCAUUCAGCUAAAGACCAAUUUUUUUUGAAGUCUCGUAUUGUCAUUUUAUGCACUUUGAUAUCAACACAACAACAGGUCCCUCUACAUUUCUAAUCAGGAGAGCUAGGACUUGAUCUCAUAUAUUCUGUAGAAUCAUAGUACGCCCUGGCUUGGAAGAUUCCUCUAGAGGUUAACUAACCCAACGCCCCUGCAGUAAGCAGGGACAUCCCUGACUUGAUCAGGUGGCUCAGAGCCCCAUCAAGCCUGAGUUGAGUGUCUCCAUAGUUGGGGUCUCCUUUGCACUGAAGAAUUACAGAGUUUUUUAAAGAAACAGCAAAUCUCUAGAUAACUUUAUCUUAGUGUAAGGCUUCUUAAACAUCUCUAAACACUGUGACUAAGUCUAUUAGGGGUCAUCUAACAUGUUACAAAUUAUAGUGAACUUUACCACAGAUACCUUUAGGAGCAGCCCACAUUAAGCCAUUAAAUAAAAUUUUGUAAUUUUGUUUCAAAUUAAUGUGGUGUCAAAAUAAGUUCUUAAAAUCAUAGAAUAGAUUAGGUUGGAAAGGACCUUAGAGCUCAUCUCCUCCAACCUCUCCAUCAUGGGCAGGGUCAUCUCUCAACCUGACUCAGCUGCUCAAGGCCUCAUCCAACGUGGCCUUGAACAGCCUCAGGGAGGAGGAAUCCAUAACCUCCCUGGGCAGCCUAUUCCAGAGUUUCACUGCCCCCGUACUGAAGAAUUUCUUCCCAAGAUCCAGUCUAAACCUACUCUCUCUCAGCAUCAAACCGUUCCCCUUGAUCUGUUGCCAGAUACCCUUCUGAAAAGUCCCUCUCCAGCCUUCCUGUAGGAUCUCUUCAGGUACUGGGAGGCAGCUCUGAGGUCCCCUCUGGAGUUGUCUUUUCUCUAGGCUAAACAACUCCAUCUCCCUCUUUGUAGCCCUCCCGUGGACUCACUCUAACAGCUCCGUAUCCUUAUGGUGGGGACACCAAAACUGGACCCAACUGUUUUUUGAUUUAAGUAGGACAUAAAUUUACUUGCAGGUUGUAAUCUAUCCUAAUUACUAAUUUAACACACUGUAUCAUUAAGUAAACAGAUUAAAUAUCCUCGUAAGCCUUACAAUAGAUUAUUGUUGAACUCAUAAACUCCAACUCAGUAAAGGCAAUAUUGAGAGCUUUAAUCCUAACAACUUCUGGAGCUGGCUGGGAUUUAAUAGACACAGUUAAAUGCAGCUCUACCCUGCUGCUUCUUCACUGAGGACUCCAUAGUGCUUUACCCAGAGGGACUGUUGUGCAGAGUAAGCAUUUGCAGGCUGGGUGCCUUGCUGCUUGACAGUCUCACUUUUCAGGAUCAAUACUCGUGUUAAUUUUGUAUUAGGCCAGCUAGGCAGUUGAAGCUUACAUAUCUUGUCCAGGCUAGGACAGCAAUUUAAAUACAUUGUGCCUCGAUUCAGACUCCUGCUCUAUCUGGAUGUAUGUCUCCUGAUCUUUAAAUGAUCAGUAAUAUCUACACCUUACUCACCUGAAUUUAUGUCUCUCUGCAAUGGGAGUGGGACAUAUUUGAAGAUAGCUUGCCUCAUGUCAAACAAAGUGCAACAAACUCAUAGGAAGGAAUAUUUAAUUAACAUUUUAUCAAGGAACGUAUUUUAAUAUGGAAGAAGAACUAUUGGAAUUGCAAUGACUGUAAAGUAUUUUCUAUGUAUAUUGACUUUCUUAAUAGCAGUAUUACCUAAACCAAAUGCUAUUACACUGUGGGGUAGUAGUUCCUUCUGGAAACUAAUUACUGUAAAAGGAAGAAGAAAAAAACAGAGAUUUUCAGAGCUGAGAAACACACUGUGACUCAGGAAAAGUGUGAUGUGAUGUACUGUAUUUUAUUAUAAGUUUUGUAUAUAGAUAUAACUGUAAAUUGUACAGAAUUAACCAUUUGACCAAAGUUCUAACAACUCAUUUUUCUAAUUUACAGAAAUAAAGCUAAUUUUCUUCACUUAA